AUGGAUCUGGGAUCGGACAUUAUACACGACAUAAUCCACCCCACAGCAGCCUUCACGGACGUCUCUCUGUCAGAAGUCGAGCAUCAUGAUAGUAGCAUCCCACAUCGACUUCCGCCAGCCGAUGACUGGGAGCACUCCCAGCUGAAUCCCAAAAACCGCAUUGACAGCCUCGACCCCCUGCCAAAUCCUCUGUGGCGCAUCGAUGGCUGUACUGGACUCGGGACGCAAUUCUACGUCCUUCCUACGUUUCUCUUUCCAACGCCGCCGCUGCGUCUCGAUGCCUUUGUACCAGAGCAGUCAACUCAAACGCCCGAAAUCCGGCAAUUAUUGGAUUUGGAUGUGGCGUUCCAUACCAAAGAUCGCGCCCGAGUUCAAAAGCUGAACAUAUCCAAGCACAUCAUUCGGGCUUUACAAUUCUGGACAAAACGACUGCCUGACCCAGAAGGGCUCUUACGAUCUGUGCCAUUUGGCUCCCGCAUCGUCUUCAAAGAUAUCUCUCUCGAUGUCAGAGCCAUAGAGAUCAAUAUUGCACCCACGUACUACCUCGAACGUCAACUUCUCUCGGCAUCCGCCCUCGCUGAGAUGUGGGGACCCGAAGCCCAGAUACCGCAAUGUAUCGACUUGUCCGAGGUUCAUGUUGUCGAACAGAUCCACGACAGUGUCUGCCUUGUUCAAAUCAAAGGUCGCCUCUGGAUUUUGAAGACACUGACAAGUUACACCAAGUACUUGUACCAUGAGCUUAAGCUUCUGUUGUCAACAAUACCACACCAGAACAUCAUGUCACGUCCCACACACCUCGUCACAAAGCGUUGCACUUUUGGUAGCAAAGUUGCUGUCAUCGGCUUUACUCUUGAGUAUCAUCACUAUGGUACUUUAAGAGACAUUGUGCCUCUUUCACGAAUCCACAACACGAUUUCUCAAACAGAACAACUCAAAUGGUCAAUCCAGAUUACGUCGGGUGUACUGCACCACCGUAGAACCUCUGGUACAUUCUACCCUGACCUCCGCCUCGACAACAUCGUCCUAUCAAAGGACAGAGAUGCAGUCAUGGUUGACUUUGAACAGCGCGGGGUGUGGUGCGAAUUUGCGUCCCCAGAGAUCAAUGCUGUCGAAUACAUCCGCAUAUUAGCUACCGAUGACGAUAUACCCGAGGAUACCAGAGAUCACUAUGCUGACAUAUUGAGGCGCUUGUGUCCUGAUUUCGAGUCUCUGCAAGCAAGAGAGGAGUAUACAAAUCCAAUCAACGGCUACAAUAUCUGCUGGGCAUGUCUCAGCCCAAGGGAGCAGGAGGCAUCGGAGGUGUACAUGCUCGGGAGAGUAUUAUGGUGCAUCUUUGAGGGAGCUAGCGCGCCUCAGCAAGCUGCUGUGUGGCAGUCCUAUCGCUGGGAGACCGACGUCGACUUUCCUGCCUUUCUCAGGACGCCACCGAUACUACGCUCGCUCAUCGACCGUUGCACAAGUGGCCGUCGUGCCACCUUGGGUGACCAGAUCGGUAGAGAGGGCAACAAAAUUAUUUUCAAAGGUCAGGAGAACAAGACUGAACCCAAGGACAUCCGACAAGCUGCUGCGACGUGGUGGAAACGUGAGAUAGCGUGGGCCGAGAGUUUCCUGGCCAUGAGAGACCACUCAAAAUCGAGCGGAGAAUGGAGCGAGAACCACUUCGACAGACCUAGCUUACAGAGCGUAUUAGAUGAGCUAGAGAAGAUUCGGGAUGAGCUAUAA